AGAGAAAGAAAGAAAGUACAACUUUGGAGUCAAACUUUUGUUUUAAAAAUUGCAAACCCUCCCAUUAUUUUUUCAACAGUCUCUGCAGAACUACAUAUAAGAAGGGGGUCAGUUCUAGAGAAUUAGACACCCAAAGAAGGACCAAAUAAACCCUUAAUUGUUCAAAGAGUAGGGUGCAGCCUUUUCCAUCAAUCUUCCCAUCUCCCACUUGAAACGCUUAUAGGAAGAAGCCUAUAUACAACCAUAUAACAUACACUUUCCUGGCUGUAGCAGGUCUUGUGAAAAUACUUGGCAACAUAUAGAGAAAAGAAGAGGUUGUACAAAAUGGGAGUUGAAGGCACUUGGGAGUACUUCUCCAAUCUGAUCAAUAAGCACAAGAAGAAGAAGAAGCAGAUGCAAACAGUGGCUCUAAAGGUUCGAAUGGACUGUGAGGGCUGCGGGCGCAAGAUGAAGCAAAUCAUGUCUCGCGUAAAAGGGGCAAAGCAAGUGGAUGUGGACGUGAAGCAGAUGAAGGUGACAGUGACAGGUUACAUAGAGCCAAAGAAGGUGCUGAAGGCAGCACAAGCAACGAAGAAGAAGGUCGAGAUGUGGCCGUACGUUCCAGUUUCGAUAGAGCCAUACCCGUACGUGUCGGUUGCUUACGACAAGAAGGCCCCUCCGAACAUGGUUAGAAGUGUGCCCAACACAGCCAACAUUACAGAGACUGUGGUCGACGAAAACUAUGUUCGAAUGUUCAGUGAUGACAAUCCCUACGCUUGCUCAAUCAUGUAGACUUGACUUUGCUUUUAAUUAAUAAUCUCCAAAUAUAUACACACGUCACAAUGUCAUGUUUGAA